AUGACUGUCCCCAACGGCACCAACGGCUCCUCGCCCAGCAAGGGCAGCACCUUCCUCUUCACCUCCGAGUCGGUUGGUGAGGGUCACCCCGACAAGAUCUGCGACCAGGUCUCCGAUGCCAUCCUCGAUGCCUGCCUCAAGGAGGAUCCCCUCUCCAAGGUUGCCUGCGAGACUGCCACCAAGACCGGCAUGAUCAUGGUCUUUGGUGAGAUCACCACAAAGGCCCACCUCGACUACCAGAAGAUCAUCCGUGGUGCUAUCAAGGACAUUGGUUACGACUCGUCCGACAAGGGCUUCGACUACAAGACCUGCAACGUCCUCGUUGCCAUUGAGCAGCAGUCGCCCGACAUUGCCCAGGGUCUCCACUACGAGGAGGCUCUUGAGAAGCUCGGUGCUGGUGACCAGGGUAUCAUGUUCGGAUAUGCCACCGACGAGACCCCUGAGCUCCUGCCCUUGACCCUCCUCCUCUCCCACAAGCUCAACUCUGCCAUGACCGAGGCCCGCAACAACGGCUCCCUGCCCUGGCUGCGACCCGACACCAAGACCCAGGUCACCGUCGAGUACGCUCACGAUGGCGGUGCCGUGGUUCCCCUGCGUGUGGACACCGUCGUCGUCUCUGCCCAGCACAGCGAGGACAUCACCACCGAGGAGCUCCGCAAGGAGAUCAAGGAGAAGAUUGUCAAGAAGGUCAUCCCCGCAAAGUACCUCGACGACAACGUCAAGUACCACAUCCAGCCCUCUGGCCUGUUCAUCAUCGGUGGACCCCAGGGUGACGCCGGUCUCACUGGCCGUAAGAUCAUCGUCGACACCUACGGUGGCUGGGGUGCCCACGGUGGUGGUGCUUUCUCCGGAAAGGACUACUCCAAGGUCGACCGCUCCGCUGCCUACCUUGCCCGCUGGAUCGCCAAGUCGCUCGUCAACGCCAAGUUGGCCCGUCGUGCAUUGGUCCAGCUGUCCUACGCCAUUGGUGUUGCUGAGCCGCUGUCCCUCUUCGUUGAGACCUACGGCACCUCAGACAAGUCUUCCGACGAGCUCGUCGAGAUUAUCCUCAAGAACUUUGACCUCCGCCCUGGUGUCAUUGUCAAGGAGCUGAACCUCACCAACCCCAUCUACAACCAGACCGCCAAGAACGGUCACUUCACCAACCAGGACUUCACCUGGGAGAAGCCCAAGGAGCUCAAGUUUUAA